AUGUGGGGUACUGGGCUCCUGCUGCUCUCCGUCCUGGCUUACUUGGUGCUGGGCACUGGAGUGUUCUGGGCGCUGGAGGGUCGCGUGUCCGGGGACCUCAGGAGCAGCUUCCAGCGCGACAAGUGGGAGCUGCUACAGGACUACAUGUGUCUGGAUGGCCCUGCGCUAGACCUGCUGAUCUAUGGGACCAGCCUCCUAGGAAAUACCACCAGCUUGGGGAGCUGGGAUUUUGUGGACUCUUUCUUCUUUUUCGUGUCCACCAUCACCAUUAUCAGUAAUGGCUGGGCAGGGCCAGCUACCCAUCUCUCCUGUGUAUUUUUUGCUCUCCUUGGAAUUCCGUUCAACCUCGUGGUGCUCAACCACCUGGGCCACCUCAUGAAGCAUGGGGUGCACAGAUGUGUCCACUGGCUGGAGGACAGCUGGCAGAUGAGGGGAGACCCCUCGAGGGCACGGUGGCUCACAGGCUCUGCUGAGCUGCUCCUGGGUCUUCUGCUCUUCCUGUUGCUGCCUGUGCUUCUCUUCUCCCACAUGGAGGGCUGGAGCUGUGUGGAGAGCUUCUACUUCAUUUUCAUCACACUUAGCACUGUGGACUUUGGGAACUACAUGAUCGGCAUGGAUCCUUCUCGAGAGUACCCUCUGUGGUACAAGAGUAUUGUGUCCCUGUGGAUCAUCCUCUCUGGGAUGGCCUGCCUGGUCUGA